AUGGGGCAAGGCUACUCCAUGACCACCCUCUCCGCGGCAUCCGCCAGCAUUGAUGUCCCUGAGCUUGCGGACCUGGUGCAUGAGAAGACCCUGGCCUCUGCCCGAUUCAUGAAAAGCGUGCGCGCGAGGAGUCAGCGAGGCUUUGUGUUUGUGAAGGCUGUCAUGAAACCGUACUCGUCUUUCCAAGUCCACGAGUACAUUCGCCAACUUACAGAAGAGAGGAAAAUCUUGGCCGACAUCCCCAAUGCCCUGGGCUACCAGCGAAUCAUCGAGGUCCCUAGUGGUGGGUUCCUCGUCCGUCAGUACAUGUUCAGCUCGGUCUACGAUCGGAUGAGCACCCGGCCUUUCUUGGAGGAUAUUGAGAAGAAAUGGCUAGCCUUCCAGCUGCUAUGUGCGGUUCGUGAUUGCCAUGCGCACAACGUAUACCAUGGCGAUAUCAAGACAGAAAACAUUCUCGUCACCUCCUGGAACUGGCUUUAUCUCACCGACUUCUCCUCCUCCUUCAAGCCCGUGAAUCUACCAGAAGACAAUCCGGCCGACUUCUCGUUCUACUUUGACACUUCAUCGCGACGGACCUGUUACAUUGCCCCGGAAAGAUUCACUUCGGUCAAUCUGGAAGACACCCCUGGAGAACUGAAUUGGGCCAUGGACAUUUUCAGCGUUGGGUGUGUCAUUGCCGAAAUCUUUUUGGAAGGUCCCAUCUUCUCUCUGAGUCAGCUUUUCAAGUAUCGAUCAGGGGAUUAUAGCCCCGAGCAUACCCAUCUCAACAAGAUCGAAGACCCUGAAGUGCGAGCAAUGAUCCUCAACAUGAUUGAAUUGGAUCCGGAAAAGCGCUACAAUGCAGAACAGCAUCUCUCCUUCUACCGAUCCAGGAUCUUUCCAGAGUACUUUUACAGCUUUCUACACCAGUAUAUGCUCGAUCUUACCAGGCCUGCCACUGCUCUGAAACCGGUGGAGCUGAAUCUAGGGAGCCUAGGCGAAUUCGACGAGAAGAUAGAACGAGUUUAUUAUGACUUUGACAAGAUCUCUUUCUUUCUUGGCUAUGGGCCAAGCUCCACGAAACUGUCUUCGCGUUCGCCUCUGACGAUGAAGUCAAGCAACAAGGUCAAAACGCCGGACGCGGACCCUAGCCUCUACGACGGUAGCCUCCUCUUCCUGACGUUGGUCGAGUCCAGCUUGAGGAAUACGGCAAAGGCAUCAGCACGACUCAAAGCAUGUGACCUUCUGGUUGCUUUUGCUGAACGACUUCCGGAUGAGGCGAAGCUGGAUCGAAUACUACCAUACAUUGUUGGCUUGGUCGCUGAUCAAUCAGACGUGGUCAGGGCAGCAGCAAUUUAUGCAAUGACCUCCAUAUUCGAGAUGAUUGAGGUCGUCUCGCCCAUCAAUGCGUACAUCUUUCCGGAGUAUAUCCUACCGCGCCUUAAGCAUUUCGGAUUUGGCCCUUCAGGGGAGCCCAGCAUUCUUGUGCGCUCGGCGUAUGCGUCAUGCCUGGCUUCGUUGGCAUUAUCCGCCGAAAGAGUCCUGGACAUGGUCCACGCCAUCCGGGCCGACGGACGACUGUCUGCAUUGCGAGAAGAUGAGUUGGCUCCCCAACAAUCGUACAACGCUCUCUAUGAUUAUGGCCGGCGCGAAAUCGUGCCUCAUUUUGAAGAGUCGACUGUUGCUUUGAUAACAGACCCGGAAGCAUCUGUCAGGAGAGCAUUGCUGGGCUCAAUAUCCCGGCUGUGCGUCUUUUUCGGCAGCCAACAGUCCAGUGAUGUGAUACUGACACACCUUAACACAUAUCUCAACGAUAAGGAUUGGAUAUUGAGGUGUUCUUUUUUCGAAGCUCUUGUCGGAAUCGCCUCCUAUAUUGGAGCCACAAGCUUGGAAAAGUUCAUACUGCCGGUCAUGGUUGGGUCUUUAACUGACUCUGAGAACUUUGUCGUGGAGAAAGUCUUCCGAUCCUUAGCACGGAUGGCUGCGUUAGGUCUAUUGCAGAAAAGUACGACUUGGGAACUUGUCGGCAUGGCAGCAAGGUUCACGGUUCAUCCCAGCAUCUGGGUACGGGAGAGCGCGAUACAGUUCAUCGUCCUGUCUGCCAAGUACAUCUCAGCAGCAGACCAGUACUGCAUUGUUCUCCCGCUCAUACAGCCAUUCCUGAAGGGGCCGAUCUCCGCUUUGACAGAAGAGCGGAUAUUGGACAACCUGAAGCGACCGCUGCCAAAGAUCGUGUUUGAUUCAGCCACCAACUGGGCAGCGAGGAAAGGGAACAGCUUGUUCUGGACAGCUGCAAGUCGAGACGGUGGAUUGACCUUGUCCGAUCCCACCACGCCGCAAAAUCCGGCAGCACUCACAAAACGACUGUUGACCAGGAUACCUCCCUCUCAAAAAGACAAAGAUGAUCAAAUCUCUCUGGAGAGUCUACGAAUUCUCGGAAUGACGGCGGAUGAUGAGAUCAAGCUUCUUGCGCUUCGAGAGUACAUAUUGAAAAUCUCCAGACACAAACCAGCUGAGGAUACAGACGAGAGGUAUCGGAUGUUGAAUAACAUCAUUGCUCUGAAUCAGAUCGAUGUUACUCCGCAGAAUGUCUUCUUCGAUUCGCGUCAGCCCAUCAGAGAAAACACGAGUGGACCUCGGAGGGCACAGAAAAGAUCACGAAUGGAUGAGAGACACAGUCUGGCAGAUGCUCUUCUGGACGCAUCAACCAGCAUCGACGAUCAUAUGUCGAGACGGAUCUCGUCUGCAGAGCAGUCCAGCGGAGCGGCAACCCCCUCUACCCAACCCAUGGACAUCCGAAUUCGCAAACCGUCAGAAACAAGAUCUAACGGCACACCCACAAUAGCUGUGGAAAGAGCGAGUAUAUCCUCCAGACCAAGCAUUACAAAUGGCAACACUUCGAUCAAUGGCGAUGGGCUGUCUCUACGCCGAAACGCCUCUCUCGAACUCCGACAUCGAAACAGCGGAUUAAACCUGAUGAAUAGGACCGAUUCUGCGAAAGCGGAUGCCGAGAUUUCGACCAUUUCAGAGAACGCAUUUGGCAAGGUCGAGGUUGACGGACAACUUCAUCGGCGCAGUACGGCAGGUCCCUCGGCGUUAUCAGUGACGGCCAGUGUGGCCGCAAAGUCCAGAUCCGUUUCACCGCGCGGCAGUGGGGCGAGGACGCCGCUCUAUGAGCCCAAUCAUUCAUAUCAGGGGAAUGAUGCCAAUGUACUACGACUACUGGACAAUCACUUCUUAGAGAACUUCCCUAUAGAUCAGAUGGACUUUGGCGGGAAUCGACCACCCGCAGACACCAGAACACCCAUUCGAAGAGCUACGGACGUGUUACAACAGAGCAGCGGAAAAGCCGCGCAGCAGGAAGAGAAGUUUCGCAGCGAGCCAUGGCGCCCUUCGGGUCAAUUGCUGACCCAGUUUUCGGAGCACUCGGCUACCAUCAACCGAGUGUGCGCGGCACCUGACCACGCGUUUUUUGUGACGGCAUCAGACGAUGGCACCUGCAAGAUCUGGGACACGAUCAGGUUGGAAAAGAAUGUGACGGCCCGUUCACGGUACACACACCGACGCGCCGAGGGAGUCAAGGUCAAGAGCCUCUGUUUCAUCGAGGAGACGCACACCUUUCUCAGCGGCGCUGACGACGGAAGCAUUCAUGCUGUACGAGUCGACUAUAGGAGUGUCGAGGGGGGUGAGACAUCACGGUAUGGGAGACCGAGCCUUGUGCGGGACUAUCUGAUACCAUCUAACCGAGCUGUGAACGAUGUCAGUGGUCCUGACGGGAGUGCUGCAGGAUUGGCGACGGAAUACGCCGUGUGGCUUCAUCACUAUCGCACGCCCACCUCGCAGUCUAUCUUGCUAGCAGCAACCAACAGAUGUCGCAUUCUCGUGAUUGACAUGAAGAAUAUGGAGAUGCUCCACAGCAUGAAUAACCCGGUACAUCACGGCACACCAACCACCUUCUGUGUCGACAGGAAACAUCACUGGCUGCUCUUGGGAACGAGCCACGGAAUUUUGGACUUGUGGGACUUGCGGUUCAAGUUGCAUUUGCGGAGUUUCGGGAUUCAAACCGACUCUCGAAUCGACCGGCUCCUGAUCCAUCCUGCGAAAGGCCAUGGCAGAUGGGUUAUGGUAAGCGCUGGCGGAGAGGUCAGUGCGUGGGACGUUGAAAAGAUGGUCUGCCGAGAAGUUUUGCGACCGAGUACAUUCAGGCCCAAGAGUGGGCAGACUCGACCGUAUGAAGCUUGGUCUCCAGACGAGGAGAGCAGCGAAAAGAUUCUCUCACGGUUUGCCAAGGAGGUUUCGGUGGACGGCAGCCUGAUCGGACCGGAGUUCCAUGCCUCGUCGAACCAUAACGAGGUGUCGGAUGGGUCACCUGUGAAGAGAACAAGUCCAUCGCCCAGUGCAGGGUCGGCUUCAACCUUUCCGAUUCUUGCGAUGUACAUCUUCACCGACUACACUCAAAGCUCGAACCCCGACAGUCCCAACAAGCACUCGAUCCUCCUGACUGGUGGUGUUGAUCGAGCCUUGCGGUAUUGGGAUAUUGGUCGACCGGAGAACAGCUUCAUUGUAUCGGGACCGCAAUUGCAUGAUGCGAGCGAGGAUAGCUAUGCGUCGGCUGGGAGCAUCAAGUCUAAUUACAGAUACGAAGUGUCUCAUCCGUUGAGCUUGAGCGCAGGGGCGCAGAUCGCCCUCGUCCAGGAAAAGGCCCACGCCAGUGAGGAAGCCAACACGUCGGGGCAGUCGCCGAGGAAGACGGCGGCUUAUGCACGGGCCUCAAGAGACGGCAGUCAGCCUGGCACACCGACUGUGCACCGAAACUCUGGUGUCAGCGCUGCAUCCGGACCUUCAACGCCCCAAGCAAUCAAACCUCCUCGUAACACAAUCAUCAGCGCGGCACAGCAGCAAUUGCUUCGAACACACUUGGACUCCAUCACUGAUGUGGUGAUGCUGAGGAAACCGUACGGGUGCGUGGUCAGUGUGGAUCGAGGCGGGAACAUUUUCAUUUUCCACUGA